AUGAACAGUUCUGAUUACUGUACUUCUGAUAAAGAUCCUGCACCAUCUAUUGACGACCCGAAUCUGUCCGGUUAUAACCAGAUCACUUCCCAGUCUUCUUCUCCCUCACCUUUCGAUGUCCAAACACAAAUACAAAUACCAGACUCAUCCUAUGCCGAUGCGCUGGCAGACACGUCCUUUGUCACUUCACCAUUCUCCCCAUACCCGGAAUCCGGUUUCCCUCAGUCUCUAGUCUCAUCACAGUCUCUCUCUCCUUGGCCCGACCACAGCGGCGGAGUGUCGCCUGUGCUCCCUGACCCCGCCGUCAUGGAUCCGUCACACCUUUUCCUAUCCAUGGCGGACUCAGACUCUGUCUUCCCAAGCUAUGACCAAGCCAUGGCUUCUAACGGCAUGUAUCUGGACCGGUGCAACUCGCCGUGUCCAGAAUCGUGCCAGAGUCAGUGUGGCGAAGAUGGCGAAGCUGAUAUUUGCUGCGACCCCAACUGCGACGAGAUCUCGGAUCUCUGCACUGACUCGAACUGCGUCGACCAAAUCAAGUGUUGCCCGAGCUCCUGUCCAGCCCCAGUGCUUUCUGAAAACGACGAGGAUGCCGCCGCGACGCUCGCGUCCAUAGGAUCGGGCGACCAGCCUACCAACCACCUCGUCGAUGGCGACCUAUCAGUCCAGACCCAAGGCUCACUGCGUCUCGCGGCUUCUUCCUCGCCUCAGAGUUCUCUCAUGUCUUCGCCGCAUCUAUCUUCGCAGUAUCCUACCAUGUUUCCCAAUUAUUUCAUACAGCAACCCUUGAUGAUGGGCAUCUACCCACCGUUCCCUGGAGAAUUCGGCUUAAACCUCGAGCUCGUCGACGAUUUAAUAAUGCACCACAACCCCCAGCAGCAGCCAUCUCAAUCAGCCCCUCACUUCCGCCCUUGCCCGCUAGACAAUGCUCCUUUUCACACGAGGCGAUGCAUGUUGCCCCGACCCGUGUACCACGGAGCUGAUACACAACAAGCUUUGACACAAACCGCGGAUACUGCCAACCCGCACAUGCUGCCCAGCGCCUGUGGCGUCUUCCUGUCAGGUCCUGAUGAAGUGUUACCGCACAUUGCGAGCACACAUCCUCAUGCCUUCAAUACAUUACAGUCCUACCUCGAAGCCAACGCGACAGACCCUAGGUUGAGCGAAUCAAAUAGGCUCGCGUUCGUGUCGGCCAUGGAGGCCAUGGGUGCUGGGAAGCUGCAGGGUAGCCGAGGAAUACUCGACGCUUGCAGUACGGCCACGCCUUCAUCGAUUUCCCAUGACUCGGCCACUCCACGAACCCAGCAGAGCGACGCGACGCUUGACACGAUAGACGUCACGCCGCAAUUCACCUGCCGGUGGCGAGAAGAUACGGGAGUCAUAUGUGGCCAACACUACGACGACGCGGAGGGCUUGCACCAGCAUGUCUUGACACAUAGCCGCCACCUGAAGAAGUCUGGCAACGGUCAUCGCUGCCGCUGGGUUGGCUGUACGCGACCUGAGGGACCAAAGGGCUGUUUCCCGCAGAGGACAAAACUUGAACGUCACCUACAAACCCAUACAGGCUCUGAGUGUUCCGUCUGUGGUCUUGCACUUUCUGGGACCCAGGCAUUGGCCCAGCAUAUGAGAACUCACACAAACGAAACCCCUUGGAAGUGUCCUUUCGAGGGGUGCGGAAAGGAGUUUAAGCAACAGAGUGCUUUGACAAUGCACACUCGCACACACACAGAUGAGAAACCCUUGGCCUGCGAUAUAUGCGGAAAGCGCUUCUCAGAGUCGUCGAACCUGUCCAAACAUAAAAAGAUUCACACAAGAAGUUUCAAGUGUCUCAUCUGCAACAAAGAUUUCAGCCGUGCCGACCAGCUCCGAAAACACGAGAAACUCCAUGAGGCUGCUGGAGAUGGCACUACGGCAUUAUCAAAGACGCAUGGAGGGAGGGUAUCGAAGAAGACCAAGGCUUAA